AUGCAUCCAGUUUCACUUGAACAAGCCAGCUGACUGUCUCGUUCGGGCGCAGCGCUGGAGAUUCACCAUUAACUCAGCGCAAUGCUUCGGCUCGGCUGAAUCUCUCGGAUAGUUUCUCACAAUCUCUGCUCGGAUGAACAUGAGUCGGAACGAGCAUUCGCUGCAGGCUCUGUCCUGGAGAAAGCUUUAUCUGAGCAGAGCCAAACUCAAAGCGUCCAGUCGCACGUCUGCUCUUUUAUCCGGUUUCGCAAUGGUGGCUAUGGUGGAAGUACAGCUGGACACCAAUCACGACUAUCCCCCAGGACUGCUCAUUGCUUUCAGCGCUUGCACCACCGUGUUGGUGGCCGUCCACCUGUUCGCCCUCAUGGUGAGCACCUGCAUCCUGCCCAACAUCGAAGCGGUCAGUAACGUGCACAACCUCAACUCCGUGAAGGAGUCUCCACAUGAGCGAAUGCAUCGCCACAUCGAGCUAGCCUGGGCGUUUUCCACAGUCAUAGGAACGUUGCUCUUCCUAGCCGAGGUGGUCCUGCUGUGCUGGGUCAAGUUUUUACCCAUUAAGCCCAAGGACCAGAAAAACGGUACUAUAUCCGCCGGGGUGGCCGCUGCGAUCACGUCUACCUCCAUCAUGGUGCCAUUCGGCUUGGUUUUUAUCGUCUUCGCUGUGCAUUUCUACCGCUCGCUGGUCAGCCACAAGACCGACAGGCAGUUUCAAGAGUUGGAAGAGUUGGAGGACUUACAGAAUGAACUGGACCAUCGAGGGGAGGCGUCUACCUUACAGUCUCCCAGUUCCCUUUACCCCUAGUUUGGGAAAGAGCUUCUGUUUAAUGUUUUAGGUUUGUCAAGUGUUGCAACACAUCGUGUUUUUGACCAUAGUAUUGAUCUAUCUGUUGCAUGUGGACACCAAAGCGUCCAGUUUUAUACAUGUCCAGGAUUUGUCCACUGUUUCUGCUAGAUUUAGUUAUAACAGACUGUGAUAACUGUGAAAGCAUGCACUGCAUGUUUUAUAGAUAUUUUCUUUUCUCUUCUUAUUGGAAUAAUUCACCCAAAAAUGAACAUUUUCUGAAAAUGUACACACCCUCAGGCCAUCAAAGAUGUAGAUGAGUUUGUUUCUUCAUCAGAACAUUUAGAGAAAUUCAGCAUUACAUCAGUUGCUCACCAAUAGAUCAACUGCAGUGAAUGGGUGCCGUCAGAAUGAGAGUCCAAACAGAUGAUAAAAACAUCACAAUAAUCCAAAGUAAUCCAAAAUAAGAGGGAUUAUACAAAAUGCAUGUUAUUGUUUAUUUAAUACUGACCUGAAUAAGAUAUUUCACAUAAAAGAUGUUUACAUAUAAGUCCACAACAGAAUAUAGUCCACAGAAUAUAGUCCACAACAGAAAAAAAUAGUUGAAUUUAUAAAAAUGACCCUAUUCAAAAGUUUACAUAAGCUUGAUUCUUAAUACUGUGUUGUUACCUGAAUGAUCCACAGCUGUGUUUUUUUGUUUUGUUUAGUGAUAGUUGUUCAGCUGUUUUUCAGAUAAAUCCUUCAGGUCCCACAAAUUCUUUGGAUUUCUAGCAUUUUUGUUUAUUUGAAGGAAAAAUGAUGCAUAAAGAGCCAGGGGGUGAAAACCUUUGAACAGAAUGGAGAUGUGUACAUUUUUCUUAUUUUGCCUAAAUAUCAUAAAUAUUUUUUAUUUAGUACUGCCCUUCAGAGGCUACAGAAGAUAGUUACAUGUUUCCCAGAAGACAAAAUAAGUUAAAUUUACCCUGAUCUUCAAAUUGUUGUUGUCCUCAGUGUGAAAAGAUGGGAUCUCAAAAUCAUACAGUCAUUGUUGGAAAGGGUUCAAAUACACAAAACUGCUGGAAUUUGUGGGACCUAAAGUAUUUUUCUGAAGAACAGCAGGCAGUUUAACUGUUCAGGACAAACAAGGAAAUGUGUCAUUUUUAUAAAUUCAACUAUUAUUUCCUUAUGUGGACUAUACAAUAUGUAAACAAAUUUAAUGUGAAAUAUUGUAUUCAGGUCAGUACUAAAUAAACAAUAACAUGCAUUUUGUAUGAUCCCUCUUAUUUUGGUAAAAUAAUUAAUAUUUUGCAGAUUCUAAACUUUUGACCUCAUCUGUACAUGCGAAAA